GGGAAGAAAUAGUCUAGCUGAAACAAGGAAGACCGACAUUUGACCUUACUCGUUCAAGUCUAAAGGAAUUGUGUAUCUUAUCUCAAUCAUAUAAAACCACAUUAUGUCUUUUCAUUCACAGAUUUUCUAAAUAUAGAAGUAUAUACAGUCAUGAUUGUACAUACAUGAUAUUAUUCGGUUUAUCUUGGCAGAUAAGCAGUUCCGUGACUUUUAAAAGCUUGUAUUGGACAUAUUAAAGAAGAAAGCCUUGGACGAAAAUUUGGAACAAUGUUGACGUUCGCUUUUGUAUUUUUUUUUGUCGGCCUUGUGGCUGCUAAUAUAACGGGAACUAAACCCACCUCGGGUACAUGCUUGUGUGUAUCUGGUACCCAUGUCAAUGCUCAUACGUCAGCUGGAACUCAUACAGCUGUGCAUGCCACUCUUAAUACUGGUGACUGUUACAAAUUCCACGGUGGAAUUCAUACUACAAACGGGUAUACAUUUUUUCAGCUCCAGAAUGUACAUGGCGAGAAUUUAUGGGUUGCUGGAAACUACCUCAACACAGCAACAUCAGGUCACUGUACAAGCACACAUUCAACUGGAACAACGUGCAGCGAUGCAGUAGCAAAGGAUUAUGCUUGUAAAAUAUUGGCUCUUCACAAUGCUGGUAAGAUCCAUCUUUGGAACAAACAUCCUUCAGGAGUACAUGACAAUGCGUAUGCCUACAACAAUAUCAACGACGCAUGUCAUGGACGUGCUGCAUCCCGAUCACAUUACACGUGUAGUGAAUGUAGAAGCCCAGGUGCUCCCGGAGGUCAUGUGUGCCUUGACCGUAAACUGCUGCAAUACAUCCAUGACAUAGGAUCAUCAGGCUACAUACAUGUUAAUGAAAUAUCAGGUGCUUGUCAUAGCUGUCACAGUCGGCAUUACAAUGGCAAGGCUGUAGACCUCGACAACGGCAGGAACACCCUCUUUCUGUCAAAGUGCAGAGAAUACGGUGGAGUUGAACCAUUAAACGAAGGAAAUCAUAUUCACUGUGGAUUCGCUUAGGCAGUGGAAAGCAAAUCUUUUGUUUCCCUGACACUUUCAACCUUUCUGUUAAAACUAUGUUUAAUUUUGGAUAUUGUUUUAAGCAAUCAAGAGAGAUGAUUGAACGUUAUUCUUCAUAAUUAGUUAAAUAAACAAAAUAUGCUUAUCCGGAUUAAAUAAAAAAAGUUCAAGAGAAACAAAACAUUUGUUUUCAAUGCCCUAGUGAUACUAUUUUAAAUUUUUUAACCAUAAACAAUAAAUCGUAACGUAUUCAAAAGUGGUUUAACUAUAAUAUACCAGGGAUAGUGACUCGCUAACAUACU